CCUUUUUUACAUGUCAACCUGACGGCGACAAAAGCUUGGCGGUUCCUCACUUCUCAAUUCGCUCUACAAGUGUCACUUGCGUAUUCCGCGAGCCUCCGCCGGCUCUGCAAGGGGAGGAGACUGCGCCGCCACCGCCAGCACUUCAACGCGCUAGUCGCCUCCGUCCUCACUCUCCAACACAGCAAUGAUCCACGCUCCGCUCGCCGUCGUCGCCCCCACCUCUGCGCCAUCCGUGGUGUCCGAUCCCCAAGUGUUUUCGGACGUUUUGGCCCGUUACACGCUGGUCAAGAAACUCUCCUCCACGCUGUACGGAGAGACCGCGCUGUAUCGGGACGAAGCUCUGGGCAAGAAGCUUGUAGUGCUCAAACGCGUGAGCAUCCCACUGUUACAGCAAGAGAGUCAGAGCCCCGCAGUGAAGGAGAACCCGUUGUGCGAGCGCAUCGUCGUGCAGAUGCUCGAGGACCCAUUGACAGCGCGUGCACCCGGCCGCGAACAUGUGGUCGAGUACGUACGCGAAGGUUUCUUCUCGUCCGGUGACAGCGUCUUCAUUGCCAUGGAGUUCUGCGCCGGCGGAGACCUGUACGACUACGUGACGUCCAAGCCUGGACGCCGCGUGGGGGAGAGUGAGGCACUCACGCUCUUCGCGCAGCUGGCUAAGGGCCUGAGCUUCCUGCACGCGCACGGCGUCGCCCACCGCGAUCUGUCGCUUGAGAAUGUGCUGCUCAAAGACGGCCAGGUCAAAAUCUGCGACUUUGGCCUCAGUGCCGACGCUAACAAACUCUCGUCGGACGUGGUGGGCAAAUACUACUACAUGGCCCCCGAGAUCGCUCAGGGCGCCGUGUACGACCCUAAGAAGGCCGACGUGUGGUCGCUGGGCGUGCUGCUCUUCAUCCUGCUAACGGGCUCCCCGCUCUUCGCCGACGAACAGCGCUGCGCCCCCACACUGCGCGUACUUAACAAGUACGGCGUGGCCAAAAUCUUGGAGCUCUGGGGCUUGAAGAAACUCAUCUCCAGACCCACCAUCAACCUGUUGGCGUGUAUGCUACAGGUGCAGCCGCAGCACCGCCUGAGUGCGGAGCAAGUGGCUCAUCAUCCGGCAGUUCGCCGUAGCAACAUGCCGCGCAGGGAGAUGGCGGCUCCGCCUGCAUAAAAUGAAACAUGGCGGGCGGGAUGGUUAGUUUUUGCAAAGCUGUAGAGCUGUCUUCUAUCUAUCAAUCGUGCAAAGUUUUGCAGUGAAGUGAUUGCAAAUAAUAAAGUAAGGUAUUUAUCCCUCUAAA